AUGGCCACACAGGCGCAGAAGCGCGUCAACCUCGCGGUCUCGAGAAUCAUCCCGCCCGUCUUACUCGGCGCCGUGGUUUAUGCGAGCUACGCAGUUACAAAACCAUUAUGCAUCGACUACCUCAUAUAUCCUCUUCCAUCCUACAACCGAGAUUCCCGAGUCGGCGCCGGCGCCGCAAUUCUAACCAUUUACUAUGUUCUUCUAAUACCCAUGGUCGCGACGUACGGUCGCCUGAUGUAUAACGUCUUGGGGAGUCCCGGAUAUCUUCCAUUCGGUGCGGAGCGCGUCCAGGCAGACUUCGCCUUGCAGCGCAAGCAUUCACAUGGGCAACGCCGGCGUCGCAAAAGCGGUUCGAGGAAGGUGCGAGAUGCUGAGAAGCAGGAGCCAACUGAGUUGGACCUUGAAAGUGCUGUGAACGACCAUGCUGGAGGAAAGGCAUUCCAGUUAGAUUCAGCUGGCCUGGAGAGCUUCUACACGAAGGAUGUUUUUGUAUGUCAGGACGACGGCCGGCCGCCGUAUUGCUCGACAUGCUGCCAAUACAAGACAGACAGAGCACACCAUUGCCGCGAGGUUGAUCGCUGUGUACGCAAGAUGGACCAUUUCUGUCCUUGGGUCGGCGGCGUGGUCUCGGAGACAUCUUUCAAGUUUUUCAUUCAAUUCGUUUUUUAUACAGCUACAUACUGUGCAUUUGUCCUCAUCGUCAAUGCGUACUUCACCGCAGAAAUCAAACGCCAAACCGGAGGUGCGAAUCCACAUUGGUGUGUUUGCAUUGGAUUGAGCGGACUAUUCGGACUAUUCUCCGCAGGCAUGACUCUCAGCUCCAUUCAACUUGCCAUGCUCAAUAUCACUACCAUUGAAAAUCUCAGCCGCCACUCUGUCGUCUGGACACUUGCCAGCACCUGCUCGGACGCCUUUGGACACCCGACUCUCCCUGGGCCCCCCACCUUCCGCAUGAUCUCAUACCCACUUGAACCACUUGAACCACCUGAACCACUCACCCCAACCCAACCUCCAAGCAGCCCAUCAGCAGAGCGCCAUGUCUUCGCCAUUCUCCACACCCAACCUGGCGAAAACCCUUUCGACCUCGGCAGCAAACUCAAGAACCUCCAACAAGUCAUGGGCUACAGCAUCACGGACUGGCUCCUCCCAUUGAAGCAUAGCCCAUGUGCAGACCACAGCAGCCCCGAGAGCGCAUUCGCUCUGGGCCCUGUGGUCACGCGACUAAAGCAGGAAGCUGGAUUGAUCCCGACGUCUACAUGA